AUGUACGUGACAUCGAGGGAGAGGAUAAAGGACAAGCAAAUUGAGCUCGAGGACAUUCAACUUCAGAUUCAAAUUGUGGACACGAAAUUGUGCAUACGAGACGCAGAGUUAACAGAGCGAGCUCAACAACUACUACGAGACAUUGAUCGGCUGCGAAAAGUGCGCGCGCGCAUCCACAACAUUAUUGCGACCGACGAGGCGUUACGCCGUGCUCUUGAUGAAUCGGCAGCGCUAGACAUCGACAAUGUCAGCCUUCACACCACACCUGAACAAGAUCGUGAGUUUAUAGUGGAAUUACUGAAGGCACUCAAAUAUGAAAAUAUUAGUGAGCCAGAGCGGCCAUACGAUAAAAUGGAGUGUGGAGAGUGCCCGACCACAGAUCAAACGAAUCCAGAGAAUAGCGUGUACUCCUCACUAAAUGACACGGACAUGAAGCAGGAUUGUAGCGUUAAAAUUGUGAAGGUCACAAACGUAUACAAAGUGGCGUAUCUCAAACAUUUCAUCAAACAAAAGCGUUUGCGGCGAGCCCAUAAGCACGCAUUAUUAAAGAAAAAGAUGGAAAGCAUCAAAAAUCUAUUAGAAGGCUGGCAGAAGUCCCUGAAUAUGGUGUUGAACAACAAAUUCACUAUACUGAAUAUGGAAUCAAGGAUAGACGCAGCAUCGCAUGAAGCUAUGGGCGACUACUCCAAGCCCACAUUACGAGAGUAUUCAGAUUCUGAUAGCGAUCUACGCAACAGCUGCGACGAAACUACUAAAGACGAAUACGGACACAGCUGGGCGCAGAACUAUAGAUGUUGCUAUAAUUUUGAGGACGUGCAAGAAACAGGCCUAAAUCAAGAAUUCUGUGAGCCUCAAGAGUACAAUAACUUAAAUUUUCCUGUUGAGAUGAUACAUGCAUGCGAGUGUCAUGAUCCCAGAAUGGUCCACAAACUUUCCGUCCUGCCAGAGGAAACGACAAGUCAAAUGGCGAUAGAAAAGAUCAACGGCGACGCAGACGACUACCAGACCCAUGCGACUGCUGUAGUAUGA